AUGUGAUCCCCUCCAAAAAUCCUCGACCCCUUCCCUCCCCCGGGCAAUAAAUAAUUGAAAUUCAUACCUCAGGAUAUUAUUUUUUGGCUAUUCAACACUUUUCUGUCGAUAGCUUGCCUUGAUUGCUUCUCUGCAUCAGCAUCGAACGAGCUUAUAGCAAUACCUUUGUUCUUUCCUUGCCUUUCAUCGGUCAUUGUUUUAUUGUUAUGCGGAUUACUUGAUUGUUUUGUCUGCGGCAUCGCUGUUGGCAGAGAUCGUAAUGAGAUGUAGCUGAAAAGUAUAAGAUCAACAACUUGUCUUACGUCUAAAAGCGUCUUCAAGUUCAAUGAUGUUCAGCUGCCCGAAUUUUUCGCAAAAUGGAAAUAUCCGAUAAUUAUUCAAAGAGUCCCCCCCCAAAAAAAAACGUACACGAACAGAGCAAUUUGCCAGGAAACGGUCUGAGGGUCUGAACAUUCGGUCUGCUAAUAACAAACCUUUCCUAAAUGUCAGCUCAGUUGAUGAGCUAAAUAAAAAGAAAUAUCUAUUUGCGUUCGGUUUUUGUGUUUCGCGACCAGACUGUGUUGAUUUUACAGGGAAAUUAAUCAUCGCGUCUACAGCGAUUUUUUAUUUAGCACUGAUGAACUUUUUUUUUCCUUCUAAAAAUUUUUAUUUUGAGUAAUUUGUUCGGUAGAACAGAUCACACGAUUUGUAAUCCGGCAAUAAACAUUUGAAGUCUUCUUUGGAAGAACGUGUAAUUAAAAUUAUUGCAACUCAGGGGUUUUAAUCACCGAGUAAGUCUCUUAUUUUGAAAACAAACUUUGUCUUUCAACGAACACGAUAUAUAGAGAAACAGACACAAUCAAUAAAACCAAAGAGGAUAAUAUUAUCGGUUCAUAUCUCAUCAAAAAUUCUUGCCAUCUUGUCCCUUGGGGGUUAACUUCUCUUUCGAGUGACUCUGGACGUGCAUACACUGAUAUCUUCCGUCUGAUUCUUGUUCCUUUUGUAUCAAAUGAACUAUGUGCCUCUGGUCGUGAAAUAGAAUACGCUGCCUCCAAAGCCGCUUGGCAGUGAAUUUCACCUUCUUGAAAUCCUCGAGAUGAUUUUCUGACAGAGAAAGUAUUAAUAUUUUCUUCCCGUGAUAUUUGCCUCCCAGAACUGAUUUUUCUUGACUUACAAUUGCUACUGUCAUCUUCUCUCGAUGUUUUUCUUCCGAAGCGGGUCGAUAGUCCGAUUCGUCUUGCUGUAGCCGCCAUAAAUUUCUUAUUUUCUCGUACGAAUAAAAAAGUUACACGGUAUAAGUCAUCAGAAAAAAGAUAAAAAAUUAUCUCCUUAUGGAUACUCAGUCUUCGGUAAACUCCGGAUUCAUGAAGUGAAGUGCUUCUUCGGCUCAGGUAUCGGAUUUGUUGUCAAUUUUCAGUGAGCAUCAAUUUGUUCGCUGCGCCAUGCAGUGUCAGUUGGAACAGUUAGGUGCUAACUGUGCAGUAUAACUUGACACUCGAAAACAAAGCGACAAACUGAUUUGGAACGGAUCAAGGGGCCAUAGUAGCGCUAUACAGAGGAGCGGAGUGUUGUGAUAUUGAAAUAAUGCGAACGAAAAAUAAAUGAUGAUAACAAGAACAGACAAACAGGUGUUCAUCGCUUAUUUCUGACGUCAUCAACGUCACCUGAUUAGCAUUUUUUUGAAACAGUGACCGUCACUUCAAAUCUAACGUAUUAUAUUAUGGAGGAAAAAAAGAAGGAACACUUGGCCUAGAACUUGGGAUACAAUUGCAAUUUUUGCCUUCCGCGAAAAGCUUUUCGUUGUUUUAUGCCAUCCAGCAGGAGAAUUAACCUGUCAUGACUAGAUUCCGGUUCUUAGAUGUGCUAUGUUCGCAAGCGUGGAUUUUAAGAUUAAGCCUAUCAAUCCUAAUCUUACAAAACAGAUAAUUCAUAUCGUAUCCAUCUGCAAUUUAUAAAUCUAUAAGUUACUUCGUCUAAGCCAAAAUAUAUUAAGCAAGGUUUGUUCCAUUCUGAUUUUGCCAAGCAGAAAAUACUCAAAGAUAAGGAUGGUUUAAAACGCCAUUUAUAUAGCGGUCCAGCCGCCAAAAGAAGAGCUAAAUAUUCACAAUUUCACAAUUUUAAGGAGUCGUUUGAAACUGUCACGCUAUCUUAAUAGAAAACGCGAUGUUAGAUUGAAUGAUUUUGUAUUUUGAACAGUAUUUUAAUGCAGUUUUUGCUUCCAUAGAGUCCUAUCAGCUAAGGUUCAUGCAUUGUAAACAGUGUGGAAACAUUUAUGAACUCCGCUCAGGCAGGAACAGAGAGCAACAUCAGUAAUUGUGGUUAUUCUCGUUGUUCACACGUCUGUCACUAAAAGCAUUUCAUUGUGCAUCACUGAACUUUCCUGACAUUUUCAGCACGAUGACAUUGAGUUGACAAAAGCCCAAAAAUAAUCCGCCGACUCGUACCGAGUGACGUUAAGUUAUGUUGUGUUACUUUGAUGACGUCAAAGACUCGUCCAAAAAGGCUCAUUACCAUUCAUUUCAGUUUCGGGUUUCAGGUUCAUGAGCUUUUAGGAAUAAAGCAAAUCAUGUGCCUGUCUUUGAAAGACCAGUUUCGUCGUAGAAAUCUAUGGCCAUGUGAUGCAGAUAUCGCUGAUUUUUCUUCGUCAAUGUGGCUAACCGGCCGCGCUUUUAUUGUAUACCGAGUGGUCCUGGCACUAUACGCUACAGCAAUGACAGUACUUGCUGUAAUUGAGAGGCAAUACCAGGGUCUAAAAUGGUUGAUCUUCCUCACGAAUUGGAGCUACACGUUCAUUAAUCUACAUUUUGUCACUCAAGCGUUUCUUGUGUAUUAUUACCAAACGGUACAGCCCAACAGUUACGGAAGUGACAGUAACGGAAGUAACAGUAACGGAAGUAACAGUAACGGAAGUAACAUUAACGGAAUGAACAUCAAAGGAAGUAACAAAGAAUACGAGGAAGAAAGUGAAAGCGAUGAUAACUCUGAUGACGAACAAUUCAUAUUCAGUGUCGAACCACAACUUCCAUUAGCUUGCAAGGUAUCAUGGAUCAUUUGUGACAUCGCUUCAAACAUUGCCUUUCCAGUGACCGUGAUGUUUUGGAGCCUAGUCUACAAACCUGGAGAUUUUGACUUCGUAACGUUGAAUUCGCACGCUCUGAACUCUGUGCUUAUUGUUAUCGACAUCAUGUUGCUUCUGUUUGGACUUUACGAGCUGCGCUUGAAGUUGAACCGCUCUUGGAAUCGACUAAUUUGAACAGUUAACCGGAAAAAAGAACCUGAAUUGGAACUGGACAGUUCUCCUUAAUGGUUUUAGGCUUGCAUUUUUUUUGCCAAAUUUCGGAGUGCCUUCGACUGCCAAUCGACUCGACUUACGUGCU